AUGGUGAAGCCGCAAAACUGCGUUAAAGGAAAACCAUGUAAGCUCUUCCCAAGGUGUAUUCCAAGAGAGCAGUCCUGCCUCUCGACGCCUAGUAAACCUAGCUGCUCACCCGGUAACCGAUGCGAGCUUCACGAUGUCACCUGUGUGAAAGCCCCGUGUUGGCCAGCAAAGGUAUGCCUACCAGUGAAAUGCCCCCCGCAUGAAAAGUGGCAUGACUGUGGAACGUGCCAACCUAUUUGCGGCCAGCCAAUACCAUUUUGUCCUGCGAUUUGUGGAAAAGCAGGUUGCCAGUGCGUUGAAGGAUUCAGCAGGAACAAUACUGUUUGCGUACCGUCAAGCAGUUGCAAACAUGUCGAGGAGCCUCAUUGCAAGCAUGCGAGCUGUGCAGAGUGCAAAAAUUAUUCAAACGAUUGUGUUUGUGAAAUGGUAAUGCCGCAAUACUGUAUUGAAGGAAAGCCAUGUAAACUCUUUACGAGGUGUAUUCCACGAGAGCAGUCCUGUCUCUUGUCGCCUUGCUUUCCUGGUUUUCGAUGCGAGCUUGCCGAUAUUACCUGUGAGAAGGCACCGUGUUGGCCAACAAAGAGGUGCGCACCAGCGAAAUGCCCGCCAAACGAGGAGUGGAAUGACUGUGGAACGUGCCAACCCAUUUGUGGCCAGCCAAUACCAUUUUGUCCUGCGAUCUGUGGACGAGCAGGCUGCCAGUGCAUAGAAGGAUUCAGCAGGAACGAUUCUGUGUGCGUACCGUCAAGCAGUUGCAGUUAA